CCUCUCUUCCCCCGUCGGUUCCAUUCUUUGCUUUCCUCUCCCCGCAUCCCCUUCCCCAGAAGCUGCGGCUGAGCGCCCUUGCCAGGUUCUGGUUUUUGCUUUUUCCUCCCAAGGCGGGGGGUCUCUCCACCAGGCCCCGCCCCUCCAGGCCCGGCAUGUCCCCUGCUGCCCCGCGCCCAUGGUCCUGACGCUGCUCUUCUCCGCCUACAAACUGUGCCGCUUCUUCGCCAUGUCGAGCCUACGGUCGGGCGCCGAUCGGUUGACAGUGCCAGGGCAGGAUAGGAAUGGAAGCGCCAGCCCGUGGUGGGCCGCGGGCCGCGGAUCCCGCGAAGUGUCGCCUGGGGUUGGCACCGAGGUGCAAGGCGCCCUGGAGCGUUCUCUGCCGGAGCUGCAGCAGGCGCUGUCCGAGCUGAAGCAGGCAAGCGCGGCGCGGGCGGUGGGCGCGGGCCUCGCCGAGGUCUUCCAGCUAGUAGAGGAGGCCUGGCUGCUGCCGGCCGUGGGUCGCGAGGUGGCCCAGGGUCUGUGCGAUGCGAUACGCCUGGACGGUGGCCUCGACUUGCUGUUGCGGUUGCUGCAGGCACCGGAGCUAGAGACCCGCGUGCAGGCCGCGCGCCUGCUGGAGCAGAUCCUGGUGGCUGAGAACCGGGACCGUGUGGCGCGGAUAGGCCUGGGCGUGAUUUUGAACCUGGCAAAGGAACGUGAACCGGUGGAGCUGGCACGGAGCGUGGCGGGCAUCUUGGAGCACAUGUUCAAGCACUCGGAGGAGACGUGUCAGCGGCUGGUGGCGGCCGGCGGUCUGGACGCAGUGCUGUACUGGUGCCGCCGCACCGACCCAGCGCUAUUGCGCCACUGCGCCCUGGCGCUGGCGAAUUGCGCGCUGCACGGGGGCCAGGCGGUGCAGAGAUGCAUGGUGGAGAAGCGCGCUGCCGAGUGGCUCUUCCCUCUUGCCUUCUCCAAGGAGGACGAGCUGCUGCGGCUGCAUGCCUGCCUGGCGGUGGCGGUGUUGGCUACCAACAAGGAGGUGGAGCGCGAGGUCGAGCACUCUGGCACGCUAGCGCUCGUCGAGCCGCUCGUGGCAUCGCUGGACCCUGGCCGCUUUGCCCGCUGCCUGGUGGACGCCAGUGACACAAGGCAGGGUCGCGGACCGGACGACCUACAAAGCCUGGUGCUGCUGCUCGAUUCGUCGCGUUUGGAGGCUCAGUGCAUCGGGGCUUUCUAUCUGUGUGCUGAGGCUGCCAUCAAGAGCCUACAGGGCAAGACCAAGGUGUUCAGCGACAUCGGUGCCAUCCAGAGCUUGAAACGCGUAGUUUCUUACUCCACUAAUGGCACCACGUCGGCGCUGGCGAAGCGCGCGCUGCGCCUGUUGGGCGAGGAGGUACCCCGGCGCAUCCUGCCCUGCGUGGCCAGCUGGAAGGAGGCCGAAGUCCAGACCUGGCUGCAACAGAUCGGCUUCUCCCAGUACUGCGAGAACUUUCGGGAUCAGCAGGUAGAUGGUGACCUGCUUCUGCGGCUUUCAGAGGAAGAACUCCAGACAGACCUGGGCAUGAAAUCGAGCAUUACCCGCAAGAGGUUCUUUAGGGAGCUCACGGAGCUCAAGACCUUUGCCAGCUAUGCUACAUGCGACCGCAGCAACCUAGCAGACUGGCUAGGCAGCCUGGACCCUCGCUUCCGCCAGUACACCUACGGCCUUGUCAGCUGUGGCCUGGAUCGCUCCCUGUUGCACCGCGUGUCAGAGCAGCAGCUCCUGGAGGACUGUGGCAUCCGCUUGGGGGUGCAUCGCUCACGUAUCCUCUCUGCAGCCCGAGAACUGCUAGAGCAUCGACAUGGCGCUGGGGACUGUCUCCUCUGCCUCAAGAAGGUCAGCUUUUAUCUUUUAGCUCCCAACGAAACUCCACGAUUUCUUUUGUUGCUGUUGCUUGUUUGUUUUGCUUUGUUUCAUUUUUUUGAGACAGAAUCUCUCUACGGAGCCUCAGAACAGACUGGCCCUGAACUUCCCACAUGCUGUGCCAGGGUUGCAGAAAUGCUACAUUCGCCAUUGCCCUGUGCUGGCAGCAAGCCCAGCGGAGACACCCCAGACGUCUUUAUCAGCUACCGGCGGAGUUCGGGUUCCCAGCUGGCCAGCCUCCUGAAGGUGCACCUGCAGCUGCACGGCUUCAGCGUCUUCAUCGACGUGGAGAAGCUGGAAGCCGGCAAGUUCGAGGACAAGCUCAUCCAGAGUGUCAUGGCAGCUCGAAACUUUGUUCUGGUGCUAUCUGCUGGGGCGCUGGACAAAUGCAUGCAGGACCAUGACUGCAAGGACUGGGUGCACAAGGAGAUUGUGACUGCUUUAAGCUGUGGCAAGAACAUUGUGCCCAUCAUUGAUGGCUUUGAGUGGCCCGAGCCCCAGGCACUGCCUGAGGACAUGCAGGCUGUGCUUACCUUCAACGGCAUCAAAUGGUCCCACGAGUACCAGGAGGCCACCAUCGAGAAAAUCAUCCGCUUCCUUCAGGGCCGCCCCUCUCAGGACUCCUCUGCCGGCUCUGACACCAGUCUGAACGGAACUGCACCAAUGGGUCUGCCUUAGCCUGUCCCCAGUUCCCACGCCCUGCAGUGACCCCUGGUUCCAUUAUCUCCCCACCCUUAAAGGAAUAGCUCCUCUAGAGCCGCCCUGGGCUGAGGCAAACCAGACCCUUCUCAGGAAAUGGCUUUCCCUGCUGCCACACAGUGGCCCACUUCUAACCCAGAGAUUCCAGGCACGGGGUUAAAUGAGAGGACUCCUCUGUCAGGCCCUGCCUUCAGGUCCCAACAUCCCAUGCCCCCGCUUAGUUCUGGACACUCAAGAUAGUAUCUCUGGUCUCCUGCCCAAGAGCAGCCAGCUCGAGUAGGGUGAGCUUGGCAGACCCUGGCAGGAGUCAGGACAAUACCUAGGCCCUCUAUUUGGGCCCAGGAGGCAUCUGGGGUUGAGGAUCCCCCAAAAGCUGUCUACUCACAUUGUGCCUGGCCCCUGGCUCACCUGGAUUCCUGCUGCCUCAUGGCCUUGCUCUAACUACUUAGUACCCCUGCCAGAUUUCUUUAGGCAGCCUCCUUUGCCAUACUGGGAGUCAGGGUCCAUCUGAGCUGGCACUCUGCCUGGCCUUGCUGCCCUUUCUGGUGCAAGAAAGGACCCUUACUUGUUCAGGGAGACCGUAAGAAUCCACCCUAGCCCAAACCUCUGUGCUGUGCCUAAGGCUCUUGCCUGGCCUGUUCUACCUGGCUUCUCCAGCUCCUCAUCCACACAGGGCUAAGAGAAGGAGACCAGGGAAGCUUCAGCAGCACCGGUAGCCAGGGCAGAGCCUGCACCCUGGGAAAGAGGCAAGACCUUUGCAGACAAGGGCCAGUUCGUUGGGCCGUCUCUCCCACAGAAGUGUGUCCACAUCCGCUGGGAAUCUUAUCAAAACACACAGCAAGCCAUCUGGGAAGUUCCUGAGCCGCUGCCAUCUGCAGAUUCCCACGGGAGCUCAUGCAAGGUCCUCACCAGCCCCUGUCACGUUCCAAACACCCCAGUCUGGUUCCUAACCCUCCCUGGAGGCUUUUCCAGUCCUGUCACCCCAGUUUUACAGAGAGGAAUGGCUGAGUUAUAGGCCCAGGUCCCCAAAUCAGUGGUGGCAGCCUCAGAUUCUGCCCUAGUCCUGACACCCAGCACCAGUGUCCAGCCCAUUGGCUUUUGCCAAUACCCAGCCUCCAGCUUGGAGUCAGCUGGCAUCACCCUGCUGCUGACCUCUGGGGUCACACACUUCUCCAGAAGCUGGCCAGGUUACUUGCCCUCAGUCCCCACUGUCAGAGAGUCAAAGGGCUUUCUCUCCAGGCUUAGGGACACCUUCUCCUUGACUGUCCUUCUUGCCAAAGACCCCAUCGUCCAUGGGUCAUGGCUGGCCUCUGGCUGUGACUAUCUGUAGUCCUGGUCCUGCCACCAGUACCAGCCCACACCCUGUUCUGAGGUGAGGCAGAUGGAAUGGUACCCUUGAUGACGAAGUCAAUAACGAUACAGUGUGAGUUCCUCCAGGGAAACCUAUCUAUCUCCAGUCCACACUUUCCAGAGGGCCCCGUGGGCAGCACUCAAGAAGUUUCUGGGUUUUCUUAUUUGGGACACAGGUCGCUACUACCUCUGUUGUCUGGCCUUCCGUUGACCUGUCCCCUCCUGUCUUCCUGGAGAACCAGAGCACAGCCUUCUGCCCCAGUCAGGGUAGUAGUGCCAAGCCUCCUCUAGCAAGGUACUCUGCUCUGUAGUGACACAGCUCAGACUGCAGGCCGAGCUAAGCAAGGCUGACCACACUGACCUCAAGACGGGCUCUUCAGUAGCCUUUCGGGCUGCCCAGGUUUGCAUGGUCUGUGGGUGCAGCGUUUUCUGCCUGGCUGGGCUAUAUAGCUGUUGUCCCAAGCUGGAGCUGAGUCAGGGUGGUCACUACACUACACCCCUACCCCUCUCUAGUGGGCGACAUUAAGAGGGUAAACAUCCAGCCACAGUGAGUCAUCCCUUCACUAGGCAUCUCAUCCUGGGGUGCAGGGAGAUGGAGGGAUCCAGAGCAUCCGACCACUGUGCUUCCUAACAUCCAAUUAGAGGGACCCUUGUAACCAGACAGUUUGGGUGGAAAGCCGACCCAGCUUUCUUUAUUCGAGGUCAAGAUGCCAGAGUGGAGCCUUUCCUUCCUCACAGUGGCAGGGUCAGUAGAAGGCCUCUUCUUGCUGAGUUCCCACCUCCAAGGGGGCAGUGAGGCAGGAGUGGACCCCGCUGCAGCUCAGUGGGCCUUAGAGGGGCAGUGAGGCAGGAGUGGACCCCACUGCAGCUCAGGGGCCUUAGAGGGACAGUGAGGCGGGAGUGGACCCCACUGCAGCUCAGGGGCCUUAGAGGGACAGUGAGGCGGGAGUGGACCCCACUGCAGCUCAGGGGCCUUAGAGGGGCAGUGAGGCGGGAGUGGACCCCGCCACCUUAGUUUUCCCUGGAGACUUCUCUUUCACUUGCAGGGUGGGUGGUAGGUGCAGGUGCAGGGUCUAGCUCUCACGGACAGUCCCGGCUGGAACCCUAACAAACCUCCCACUUUGGUCCGGCUUGAAGAGGACUGCCAAUUGCCAAAAAUCAGCAGCUUUACAACAGGCCAGAGUCUGCCUCUCAGCUCUGGGCAGGAAGGAUGGUCCCAGUGCACGGCCCUGCUCAGCACUGAACUAACUACAUGGAGGGCCAAAUGGCAGCCAGCAGAGAUCUUGCUGGGGCUGGUGGAGCCAUGAAGCCAGCGGGGUAGUGACUCAACAGACCCACAGGAAGGAGCAGCUAGGGCUGGGGCCCAAGUGUCUCCGCUGCUCUGAGAAUGUCUCAGAAGCCCUUCACCCGUCAGCACCUUAGAGAGCUGGAGCUCUAAGGGACAUGCCUGGGACUAUCCCUGCAGGCAGCUCAGGAACUCCAGCCCAGCAGCUGCUUGUGUCUGACCUGUGCCAAACAGGCCGAGAGCGGGAAGACAGAAAGCCCCAAAGCCCAGUGACUCUUCAGUCUGACUCAAAUGAUUUAUACUGUGACAACUGACAAGCUGAGGUCAAAGGUGAACAGGCUGAGGUCAAGGGUGAACAGGCUGAGGUCACGGUGAAUAGGCUGAGGUCAAGGGUGGACAGGCUGAGGUCAAGGGUGGAUAGGCUGAGGUCACGGUGAACAGGCUGAGGUCAAGGGUGGAUAGGCUGAGGUCAAGGGUGGACAGGCU